CUAAUUUUGACAUCACUCAAAAAUUUUCGGUUAUUCAUAAAAUCAAAAUAUUUGCCUUGUAGAGCAUUGCUAUUUCAUUACGUUCCAACAUGAAUCCUGACGGUGUAAGUCCACCACCGUAUCCUUCCAAAUCUCCAACACCAACUCGAGAAAUGGAAGCGAGCGGUACCAGCAGGACGCACGUAUACCUGGACGACGAAACCUUGCACAGAAUGAUCGAAUCUUUCGGACCACUGGAAUAUUCUCAAUUUGCCGCCACUCUCAAUUCGCCCGAAACCUAUGGAGCCCUUGGAGAGCAAGACCCUUUUGCAAAUCUGGGUGUUCAGCCCGAAUUGGCUUGGACAACUCCGGAAUCUAUUAACAGAAGAAAAGGAAGAUCGCCACGUACCGAGACUACCAUUUCGUCGGAGCAUAGCUAUAUGAUGUCACAAGCCGAAAUAGCAGCAGAUGAGAGCAACCCUGAAGCAGCUGAAGCCAAAAAGGAAAGUCUCAUCGAAUGGUUUGAUCGUUCAGUGGAAAAAGAACUUGAAAAGAGAAGAGACACAGGAAGCCCAACAGCCAGUAGUCCAGUCGAUCCAGCACUGGCGCCCAUCAAAGCCAAACAUGCUUUAAACUUAUCAAAAGGUGCAGCCGAAAGAAUGGCUGAAGCUAGUGCCAGUAGGGUGGAGAUCGCUGCAAGAUUACAAAGUGACUUUACGACGGAAUUGACUGAUGCUGUCGAGAAAUACGCUAAAGCAGAAACUAUGUCCAAUUAUACAGAAGCAUUGCAAGCUGCUGAAGCGGCUGCUCUAAAUGCUCCUCCUGAAUUAAUGGAACAAGCAGCAGCUGCUGAAGCUAAAAGGAUCCAGGCGGAGUUUUCGAGGGUUAAGGAAACGAUUCCGGGGGUUAGACCCAUAGAAGUUGUGGGCUACGUGGGUAUUACUAAACCUGUUCAUCCCAAAAAGCCGAGAUAGCGUCGAAGAAUAUUUUGUUACAUUUUUUUUAAUAAAAUGUAACUCUUUUCCAUGUAUUUAUGUUUGA